AUGAUCAGCACACUAUGUAACUGCUCCAGAAAUUUCACAAAGUUAUACGCUAAGACGCACGAAUACAUUGAUGUUGAAGGCACAAUUGGAAAAAUAGGUUUAUCCGAGUUUGCAAUGAAAAUGCUUGGAAAAGCAACGUUUGUAGAUGUCCAGGUUGGAAAAACUUUCAAGAAAAGCGAAGAAUUUGGAACAGUUGAAGCCACUAAAGCAGUUACUCCUGUUCAGACCCCAGUUUCUGGCAAAAUUAUUGAGGCAAAUGCAGCUGUACUUGACAACCCAGAGCUUUUGUCAAAGAAGCCAGAAACAGAUGGAUGGUUUGCUAAAAUUUCGCUUUCAAAUGAAGCUGAGCUUAAGGAAUUGAUGACCAAGGAAGCUUAUAUCAAGUACUGCGAAGGAAAUUAA